CGGCGAGCCGAGUCCUCGCGAGAGGUGAGGCUGAAGCUGCCUCCGCCAUCUUGAAGAUGGGAGACGGGCGACAGCUGUGGUCCUUCUGCUAAAGCAAACCCCACAACGGACAGGGUAGUCACUCCCCCACCCCAACCCCCACCCCACGGCGAGGUGAUCGUCCCCGUAACUGCUGACCGACGCCACCGAGAGCGGCGAGCGUUAUCAAGGCCGAGCGCGGCGACCCCGACGGCCCCCUUCGCCUGCCUCCCGGGCCGAAGGGAAGUGUGGAGGGCCAGAAGGAUGGUGCAGUCCUGCUCCGCCUACGGCUGCAAGAACCGCUACGACAAGGACAAGCCCGUCUCCUUCCACAAGUUUCCUCUUACUCGCCCCAGCCUUUGUAAGCAGUGGGAGGCAGCUGUUAAAAGGAAAAACUUCAAGCCCACCAAGUACAGCAGCAUCUGCUCGGAGCACUUCACCCCGGACUGCUUUAAGAGGGAGUGCAACAACAAGCUACUGAAGGAGAACGCUGUGCCCACAAUAUUUCUCUAUAUCGAGCCACAUGAGAAGAAGGAAGACCUGGAAUCCCAAGAACAGCUCCCCUCUCCUUCACCCCCCGCUUCCCAGGUUGAUGCUGCUAUUGGGCUGCUAAUGCCCCCUCUGCAGACCCCUGAUAACCUGUCGGUUUUCUGUGACCACAAUUACACUGUGGAGGAUACGAUGCACCAGAGGAAGAGGAUCCUGCAGCUGGAGCAGCAGGUGGAGAAACUCAGGAAGAAGCUCAAGACGGCCCAGCAGCGGUGCCGGCGGCAGGAGAGGCAGCUCGAGAAGCUCAAGGAAGUCGUCCACUUUCAGAGAGAGAAGGACGACGCGUCCGAGAGGGGCUACGUGAUCCUACCAAAUGACUACUUUGAAAUUGUUGAAGUUCCAGCAUGAAAAAAUGAGAUGUGUUAGUGGGACAAGACUAUACACCUUCUUUUAGCCUACAUACAGGAGUUCAUUUGAAAAAAUAACACUUAAUUACUUGUAUUAAAAAAACAAUAUUUUUUUAAAAUAAAUUAGAUAUAUACUGUAAAAUUGUAAUUUUUUUGUUUGUAAUUUCAGAGUUUCUACAUUUUAACAAAUAUUUAAAAAAUCCUUAAACCACCAAUAUAAUGUUGUAUAUUGGUUUCAAGAUGGUGGAUUGUUUUUCAUUUGAGUAUUUAUAGAAAUAAUGUAAAAAUAAAAAGUAGAGAGGGUGAUGGUAUGAUAAAAUGAUUUAAGUUUAAAAAUUAAUGCCCUUUAUUGAGAUAACUUAUAAUUUAAAUCAGAUGUUUAAGUGAGAGCAUAGGACAGAGCCUUUCAGAAUAUAGAGGUAUACAUACACACAUUUUGUAUUUAUAGCCAGAGCUUCAUUUAUUUUUCUCAAUCACUUAUCAAAAAUGAACUGUCAAGCCAGUAUUUGAGGCAAACAAUAUUUUGCUGUCUUCAGAAAAAUCAUUCCAUAGUUAAUAGUUUCAUAAAGAGUAGUUUUAAGAGUAGAUCCUUUUUGUCCCUAGCGUUAUGAAAUUAGAAGUGUGUCUUGGGGAGUGGCAGGCCUCCAAUCAGGUAUUGGCAUCAGUGAAGAGAAAAUUGGGGGCGGGGCUGGAGAGAUGUUUCAGUGGUUGAAGGUUCGUGCAAGCCUCGCUGCCUGGGUUUAACCCCUGGGGCCCAUGUAAAGGUGGAAGGAGAGAACCACUCCACAGAGUCACCUUCAGGUCCCCAUGUGUGCUGUGACAACCUUCUAAAGAAAGAAAAGUUGGGACCUGGCUCCUAAUAUGCUCUGAUCAUCCCCUGGCAAAGGCACCCGAUUCCACAGCUGUAGUUAAAUCUGCAUUCAGACCUCUGACAGAUUAUUUUAGUAGAGUUUGGUUUGUACUAUAAUACCGUACUUUGCCCUUUGUACUUAAGUCUUUGAUAAAUUUUCCCUUAACUGUAUGAUUUUGGACAAGACAUUUCAUAGAAAAUAUUUUUUUCAACUCUUAAGUUAGAAGUUAUAUCCAAUUUACUCCAAGUGACUUACGUUCAAAAGUAAUGUGUCGUGUUUGUGUCGCCGUUGAGACUUAAAUAUUGCAGUUUCUGUUCACACUGUGGAUUGUGUUCUGUGAGAAAGGUUACGUAUGCUUCAAGUGAAAAUAUGUUCUGAGUGGACAAGUGCUGAUAAAAGAAUUCUCUAGGUGUAGGAGAACCGUAUUUUAUAUCUCAGAGGACACUGUAGCUGAAGAAUAGCGGACCUUUCAAGACAGUAUUAAAGACAUGUUAUUCCAGUA